ACGACAGUUGCCAUUUUAAUCAUCAGCUGAGAAUGUCGAAAUAUUUUCUUUUAGCAUUUCUAUUUGUUGGAUGUUGUGCUUUAAAUGAUAGACCUAUUGUUGGUAUUUUAUUUCAAGAAGUUGACGACGAAGUAAAAGAAUAUGGAGAAUCGUAUCUAAUGUCAGCUUAUGUAACAUGGGUUGAAGAAUCAGGAGGACGAGUAGUUCCAAUCAAAGUAGGGGAAGAUGAGGCAUACUACAAAGAUCUAUUCGACAAGAUUAACGGGGUUCUUCUUCCGGGAGGUGCGGUAAGAAUAGAUAACUCAGCUUACGAAGUAGCUGCUGAAUAUCUCUACAAGUACGCUAUCAAGGCAAAUGACAACGGCGACUAUUUUCCAAUUUGGGGAACCUGCCUUGGAAUGGAGGAAUUAACGUUUCUAACAGCCAAAAAGGAUAUUAUGACACAAUGUAGUUCAGAAAACAUUACAGUACCAUUGAACUUUGUCAGAGAUUUUAAAGAAAGCAAAUUGUAUAAAAAUGCACCUGAAGAUGCUAUAAGAAUAUUAAAAAAUGAGCAUGUUACAUCAAAUUUCCAUACCAAUUGCAUCACACCAAAAGUUCAUGAAAACAACUAUAAAUUAAGUAAUUUCUAUAAAAUACUCUCAACAAAUAUUGAUAGACACGGAAUAGAAUUCGUUUCUAGUAUGGAGGCCUACGAUUAUCCAAUCUACGGCCUACAAUUUCACCCUGAAAAGAAUAACUUUAUGUUUUCUACCAAUAAGAAUAUACCCCAUACGUAUCAUGCAAUACGCAUAUCUCAGUAUUUCUCUAAUUUCUUCAUUAACGAAACACGAAAAAAUAAUCAUAAAUUUCCAACCAUCAAAGAAGAAGCUGCUGCUCUUAUUAAUAAUUUACGUACAAUCAUGCUGCCUCCUCCCGCCAUGCAUGAAGAUUAUUUCUUACCAAUUAAUAAAAAGAGUGCGACAGAAACAAAGUCGUCUUUUAACGACCAAUUUAGUUUAGGGACCAAAAAAGAAAGUCUGGUAUCAAUUGCUGGUGCUAAGUCGGUAGCUAUUUGGAUGGGUAUUGCCAUUUCUUGCAUAGUCGUAAUUGUACUCGUGCUAAAGAUAAAGACUAGUCACGGGAAAAACACAUCCGAAUAUGUUAAAUUAAAAAGUGAUGAAACUUUCUUAUUCGGAUCCAACGAGCAAAGAAGUUCAUUGGCCUAG